UCAUCCUCGAGAAAUUUUACCAGAGCAGGGAAUAAAAGAGAGAGAGGGAAGAUAUGGAAAGUGUGACCUUGACUCUUUACAACUAAGGAAACAAUGGGAAAAUAUAGAGAACACCUACCAAUAUGAAAAAUGCAACACACUCAAAAACUUUACUCAACAUCACAGUGUUCAUACAGGAGAUAUGCCAAGCAAAUGCAAAGAGUGUGAUAAAACUUCUAAUAAAAGCUCCAAUCUUAUUUGUCACCAGUGGACACACCCUGGAGAGCUGCCCCACAUGUGUAAACAAUUUUGUAAAGCUUUUAGUCAAAAACCAACCCUUAAAAACCACCACAGGAUUCAUACUGGAAAGAAGCCCUACAAAUGUAAAGUGUGUGGCAAGAGUUUUAAUAUAAACUCGAAUCUUCAUCGCCACAACAGGAUUCAUACUGGAGAGAAGCCCUACAAAUGUAAAGUGUGUGGCAAAAGUUUUAACACAAAUGCACAUCUUGGUCGCCACAACAGGAUUCAUACUGGAGAGAAGCCCUUCAAAUGUAAAGUGUGUGGCAAAAGCUUUAACACAAACGCACAUCUUGGUCGCCACAACAGGAUUCAUACUGGAGAGAAGCCCUACAAAUGUAAAGUGUGUGGCAAAAGUUUUAACACAAACUCACUGCUUAAUCAACACAACAGGAUUCACACUGGAGAGAAGCCCUACAAAUGUAAAGUGUGUGGCAAAAGUUUUAGUCACAAAGCAUCACUUAUUGAGCACCAGCGAACUCACACUGGAGAGAAGCCCUACAAAUGUAAAGUGUGUGGCAAGAGUUUUAGUCACAAAGCAUCACUUACUCAGCACCAGCGAAUCCACACUGGAGAGAAGCCCUACAAAUGUAAAGAAUGUGGCAAAGUUUUUAAGAGCAUCUCAUCCCGUAAUUAUCACAAAAUGAUUCACACCGGAGAGAAGCCCUACAAAUGUAGAGAAUGUGGCAAAGCUUUUAAUACCAUCUCACAUCUUAGUCGCCACAAGAGGAUUCAUACUGGAGAGAAUCCCUACAAAUGUGAAGAAUGUGGCAAAACUUUUAGGCAAAGAUGUGCACUUACUCAGCACCAGAGAUUCCACACUGGAGAAAAGCUCUACAAAUGUAAAGAAUGUGGAAAAGCGUUUAAUAGCAUCUCACAUCUUGAUCGUCACAAAAGUAUUCAUACUGGAGAGAAGCCCUACAAAUGUUUAGAAUGUGGCAACACUUUUAAAACUGUGUCACAUCUUAGUUGCCACAAGAGGAUUCAUACUGUAGAGAAGCCCCACAAAUGUGAAGAAUGUGGCAAAGCUUUUAAUAGCAUCUCACGCCGUAAUUAUCACAAAAGCAUUCAUACUGGAGAGAAGCCCUACAAGUGUGAAAAAUGUGGCAAAACCUUUAGGCAAAGAUGGUCACUUACUCAGCACCAGAGAAUCCACACUGGAGAGAAGCCCUACAAAUGUAAAGAAUGUGGAAAAGCUUUUAAGAGCAUCUCACAGCUUAAUUGUCACAAAAGGAUUCAUACUGGAGAGAAGCCCUACAAAUGUGAAGAAUGUGGCAAAACCUUUAGGCAAAGAUGGUCACUUACUCAGCACCAGAGAAUCCACACUGGAGAAAAGCCCUACAAAUGUAAAGAAUGUGCAAAAGCUUUUAAGAGCAUCUCACAGCUUAAUUGUCACAAAAGGAUUCAUACUGGAGAGAAGCCCUACAAAUGUGAAGAAUGUGGCAAAACUUUUAGGGAAAGAUGGCCACUUACUCAGCACCAGAGAAUCCACUCUGGAGAAAAGCCCUACAAAUGUAAAGAAUGUGCAAAAGCUUUUAAUAGCAUCUCACAUCUUGAUCGUCACAAAAGGAUUCAUACUGGAGAGAAGCCCUACAAAUGCAGAGAAUGUGGCAAAGCUUUUAAUACUGUCUCACAUCUUAGUCGCCACGAGAAGAUUCAUACUGGAUAGAAGCGCUACAAAUGUGAAGAAUGUGGUGAAGCUUUUAAGAGCAUUUCACACCAUAAUUAUCAAAAAAGGAUUCAUACUGGAGAGAAGCCCUACAAAUGUAGAGAAUGUGGCAGGGAUUUCAAUCAAAAAUCAUCACUUACUCGACACCAGAAAACUCAUCCUAGAGACAAGUCCUAUAAAUGUGAAGAAUGGCAAACCUUUUCAAAUUGAAGAUCACAUCUUAGUAAACAUUACAGAUUUUAUACUGGAGAGAAGUUUUACAAUGAAAACAUUGCAUCAGUGUCUUUAAGGAUGAAUCAACCCUUAUUUCACACCAGAGAUAUGAUAGCACAGAAAUUAUACAAGUGUAAAACAGGUGGCAGAGUCUCCAAUACUUGUUCACACCUUAUGCAGCACCUCAGAAUUCAUACAAGUGAGAGGACAUGUGGAAAAAUUUUUGCAAAGAUUUUGGACAUUGAUCAAACAUUUUUAAAACACUGGAGUAUUUAUAGCAUAUAGAAACCCAAAGAAUGUGUUCAAGAGUGUAUUCAAAUUUCACACAUUUUUCAAUUUCUUGCCUCAUACCUGUACCAAAUUUGGAAUAGCAUUUGUCCAAGUAUGUACCUUAGAUAACAG